AUGUUCCCUUCACUUCAGAUCAAUGGUUGUGGUUCCAAAGUCCCGUUGUCAUCUUGUCGUGUUGUCUGUGGCAGUCUCGUAUCUGCAGCAAUCAACACCAACAACUCUACACUCAGACCUCUUACUCUCUCAACUUUACUUUCAAGUUCCCAUCUCGUCAACAUGUCCAAGACUCUCAAGGUUGCCGCUAUCCAAGCCGAGCCUGUCUGGCAGGAUCUCCAAGGUGGCGUCGAGAAAUCCAUCCGCCUCAUCCAAGAUGCCGCAAGCAACGGCGCCAACGUGAUUGGCUUCCCCGAAGUGUUUAUUCCUGGCUAUCCAUGGAGCAUUUGGGCCAACUCUCCCGUCGAAAACGCCGCAUGGAUUAACGAGUACUUUAAGAACUCCCUCGAGAGGGAGUCUCCCGAGAUGGACCAGAUCCGAGCGGCUGUCCGGGAGGCAGGUGUUUUUGUCGUCUUGGGAUACAGUGAGAGAUACAAGGGUACUCUUUACAUUGCUCAGUCUUAUAUCGACGAAACCGGCACGAUCGUCCUCCACCGUCGCAAGAUCAAGCCAACCCACGUUGAGCGCGCCAUCUACGGCGAUGGCCAAGGUGAAUCCUUGAACAACGUGUACCCCUCCAAGUUCGGCAAAGUAGCGGGCCUCAACUGCUGGGAACAUACUCAAGCCCUCCUCCGAUACUACGAAUACUCCCAAGACGUAGACAUCCACGUUUCCAGCUGGCCAUCCAUCUUCCCCGAGAACAAUGAAGACUGGCCGUACCACAUCACGCCCGACUGCUGCAAAGCAUUCUCCCACAUCGUGUCCAUGGAAGGUGCCUGUUUUGUGAUUCUGUCAAGCCAGAUCCUGACAGAGGAGAACCAUGAGAAAGCCAACGUCAAAGGCUUUGACUACACCAAGAAGAACGGAGGGGGGUUCACCAUGAUCUUCUCACCUUUCGGAAAGGAACUUGUCAAGGCGUUGGAUCCGGGUGUGGAGGGGAUUUUGUAUGCUGAUAUCAACUUGGAGGAUAAGUACAAGGCGAAGCAGAAUUUGGAUAUUGUGGGUCAUUACUCACGACCUGAUCAGCUGAGCCUCAGGGUGAACCGUCAUCCUGCGAAGCCUGUCUUUUUCGCCAACGACCUUUGA